CAACAACCCUACAUUUCUACAUGCAGUGGCGGUUGUUUUCUAAUUAUAAUAAUAUCUCAUGGCCGGCUUUGCGGGCUUAUCCUUAUCAUGACAAUGUUGGCGUACGAGGUGGUUCCGCUGGAGGAUUUCUCCAAAGAGUUUGGGUCCACAACAGAAUUAUCGAGUGUAUCCAUAGGAGGACAGGUGGUGAAUGUUUCUGAUGAAUUCUUUGCUGAGGCAUAUCAACUGCUCCUAGUCGAGGUUAGAACUGCACUCCGUUACGACGCCUUGAUUCAAUACAGAAGUUUACAGCCGCCCGUAAGCCUUGCUAAGCAGUAUGGACCGAACGGGGAGCUUUAUAGCGGAUGGGAAACGCGGCGACACAACCCAACUUAUGACUGGUGUACUAUCAAACUGGGAACGACAGGGAUAAUAACUGGUUUUGACAUUGACACGACUCACUUUAGUGGCAAUGAAGCACCAGAGGCUUCUGUUGACGCUGCACACGAAUUUCCAAACGAAGAAACAAUGUGGGAAGGCAUCCUUCCUAAAGUACGCCUAGGACCAUCACGCCGACAGCUUUACAAGAUACCUGCGACAGGACAGGCUACAUAUGUCAGACUUAGAAUUUAUCCAGAUGGAGGGAUCGCCCGCUUUCGCGUUUAUGGACAUAUCACGCCUGUACUUCCUGCAAAUCCUGUAGAACCCUUUGACCUCGCUCAUAUCUUCACGGGCGGCAAGGUCGUCGCUACAUCCAACGACCAUUUUGGGUCAAGCUCGAAUCUUCUUCUUCCGGGCCGAGGGAAAGAUAUGGGAGACGGAUGGGAAACCAAAAGAAGCUAUACGAAAGAUCACCAGGACUGGGUCACUAUCAAACUGGGUGUUCCAGGAUACUUGUCAACGGCAGUCAUCGAUACCAUUCAUUUCAAAGGCAACUUUCCAGAGAGUUGUGAUAUUCGGGGCAUAAACAGUCAAGACAUCGCGCCAGAUGCAAAUAGUGACGACUGGAAGAUAAUUUUAUCGCCCGUUAAAUUAGGCCCCCACCGCAUGCAUUUCUUUCGGUUGAGCAGCCCAUGCGAGCAGUACACACAUAUCAAAGUAUCAAUUUACCCUGACGGUGGCAUCAAGCGAAUCAGAAUCAUAGGCACGAUGGCGGCAAAGUAUGGGGCAGACGUGGCAGAAAUAACAACACGGGCAGACGGAAAACAUCAGACCACUCCGAUUGUUGUCGAGGAGGGUUGGGAGGUUAUUGAAGAUUGAAUAUCCAAACCAGCUACAAGUCGACUACGCAACGGAACUAUAAUGAUAACCUUUUGACAACCUCCUUUCCCCUAGAUAAACCAUGAUGAAAUAUGCAUCCGCGCUCAUAUAGCAGGUAGUCGACAUAGAAUUUGAUACCGCUUUCGACAACCCGACGAGGGAUCAGCAGUGGUGAUAAGCAAUGUAGGACACAAGGAAAGAAUUGUUCAAACUGGAGGCGAUGAAUGUGAUGUACAGGUGUUUCAGAACUUUAUACAAAUAAGUAGU